GCCCGCCAAUACUACGCUGCCUGGCUGGGGGAGAAGGACGCCCUGUCCCAGCGCAUGGCCGACUGCCUGCGGGUGGAUCCGGGCGCGAUGGCGGAGGAGCUGGAGGAGCAGCGCAGGUUGCUGCUGGAGCUGGGCCGGGAGGAGUUGAAAGAGCCGGAGAAGGAGGCCCUGUUGACGGCGCUGGAGCAGGAGCUGGCUCGGGAGGCUGAGACCUUCCUGGUGAUCUACAGCGAGCGCCACCAGGAUCACACCGUCAACCAGAGAGCCCUGGACCGAGCCCGCUCAGACCACGCUCGGUUUCAGAGGGAGAAGGCUGCCCUGUCCCAGCGCCUGGGCUGUCUGUGGGUGACGCCGUGCGCCAUGAAGGAGCAGUUGGUGCAGAAUCGCAGGGCGGUGCUGAGGCGAUGCCGCAGGGAGAUGGUGGGCCCAGGGAAGAACCGUCUGCUGGUGGCACUGAAGGUGGAGCUGACACGGGAGGCCACGACCUUCCAGAAAAUCUACCGCAGGCGCUAUCGGUGUCAUGCUGUCAAGGCGGGCAUUGUCGGGGGCGGGCAGUGGGCUGGGUCCUCGGGCAGUGGGCUGGGUCCUCGGGCAGUGGGCUGGGUCCUCGGGCAGUGGGCUCAGUCCUUGGGCAGUGGGCUCGGUCCUUGGGCUGUGGGCUCGGAGUUAUCCAUUAGAGAGCGGUGGCUACGGUGGCUGCGGAGUUAGCCCUCCCCUGAGCGGCCGUCCUUGGGGCAGGGGUGGGUGCCACGGCCGGGAUGAACAUGGGCAGGGUGGUAGGUAGCAACGUCCGGCAGAAGGGCACUAUCCAAACCUGGUGCUUUAUUUCUCAUUCGUCAGGCUCUAACGUCCAGCCAUUCAUUCCCCUCCCCCCCCAGCUCUGCCUUUCCCUUCUUCUAAUGGCCCGGGAUGGUUGCAAUGCAAAGCACUUUAAAAGCCGGCGAUGGUAGGAUCAACGGUGUCCCCAUAACCUUAACACUGCCCCUUGUGCAUGCAUGUGCAUUAGCAUACAGUCUGUAAUUCCAUGCUCACUUACCGGUGUUCUCCCUAGGGUGCAGGGCUCAGCUGUAUCAUGAUGCUUUCUCCUUGGGGUGCAGUGCGCGGUCCCUGACUUUAUUUCCCUCUCUUCUCAUCCUGCCAUCCCCUGCCUCCUUCUCCACGUCACAUUACUGGAUUUUAAGGGGAUCAGACAGGUCACUGCUUCACCCAGGGGGGAGGGGGGUUGCCCCAAAGUCUGUACAAAGGGGCCAUGUGAGGUGUCCAAUGAAAGCUCGUGUCCUACUGAUCCUGUGUGUGUGAUUCAUGUGCUUGUGUGAUGUCUGUGUGGGGUUAUAAAUCUGGACUCAGGGUUGAUGCUGGAAGAUUCUCCGUCUGAGACAGAGCAAUUACCCACCCGAGGAAUAUGCCUGGGACCAGCAAACCAGCCAAUAUCAUGGGGACGCAGGGACAGGUCACUGGGCCAUGUGACCUGCUCCAGCUUGCAAGGUACCAGGGAUGGAUAUAAAAUGCCAUGCGGAGGUCUCCAUCUUGUCUUAAAUUCUGCCACUGAUCCCAGAUGCAGCCUUGCAGGGAACAGCGAGCCAGGAAGCACUGUGGACCCAUCCUGGCAUAGGAUGUGCACCAAGGACUUUUAAGCCAGCAGCUAUAACAUCUCUGCUAGAGCCUGCAUCCAGAACUGGGAGAUGCAAUGCGUGUAACGUAUUCUCCUUAGCAACCUCACUCUCCUGCUUUUCUUUCUUGUAGUAAUAAACCUUUCGA